AUGCCAUCCGCGAUGAGCGACGCCAACGGUACCGUCGCGACCCGCGACGUCAAGGCCGAAGGUCAAGAAACAGAGGAUGAGGAAAAUGGAGAGGGCAAGGCGACAUACAAGUCAUGGAAGAAGAAGUACCGCAAGAUGCGCAUCACUUUCGAUCAGAAGAUGCACGACUGCGAGGAAUUGCACCGUCAAGAGUCCCAGGCGCUUGCCACUGCGAAGCGCAUCGCCAUCGAGAACGACCGUAUACUUGAUCUGCUGCUAGACAUGAACACCUCGGCCCAGCUGCCCUUCGACAAGCGCUUCGAUAUCUCACAGGACCCGCUCGAAGAUACCUCCUUUCCACCCCUUGAUGUCGACAAGUCUGGAAAGAAGCCUGAUGAACCUACCAAGUCAUUGAAUCUCCUCCUGAAGGAGGUCCCACACUAUACCUACUCCCAGGCAAAGGAGCAGGAUCCCACCGUCGUGGCCGACAUGGAACCUUUCUCCGGCGAGCCUCACCCUCCUUCGUUUCUGACGGCCGACGACAUUGACGACUACAUCCACGACGUCGACAGACGCAUUGAUCCCGAUAAUCUCCUUCCGACGCUGGCCCCUGUCGCCCGCAGCAACGCUCCUCUCCCGGAGACCAACCCGCACGCCCUUUCCCAAACCAUCGCAAUGAAGAAUCCCACGAGCGUCUACAACUGGCUACGUAAGCACGCGCCAAAGACCUUCCUACAGGAUGCCGAGAACGCCGCCCCGGCCGGAGAUGAAGAGGCUGCCGAGGCGCCGCCGACGGAUGGUCGGAGACGGCGUGGCGGAGGCGCAUCGAGGGGGGAGACUCGGGGCGGUCGCGGAUCGCGAGGUGGUAAGCGGGCUUCGCUCGCAGCCGUCCGAGCCGAGAAGGCAGCACAGCGAGCCGCGGAGAAGGCAGCCGCCGCCGCCGAAAGGGCCGCGGCUCUGCGCCGCGACGCGGACAGCUACGACCACAGCAUGGAAGAGGCAGACUCGGACGGCCCCAGCUUUGCGACGCCGGCCACGGGUCGCGGCAAGAGAAAGCGCGCCGGCCGGGAUGACGACGACGGAUACCGGCCCCGGGGCUCGAGCAGCAGGCCGACCAAGAAGAAGCGUAAGAGCGAGAGCGCUGAUGUUGGCACCCCGACCGUGUCUAAGAGGGGUCGUAAAAGCGAGCUUUCUCGUGACAGAGACGACUAG